AUGAAAGAAAUUUAUGAAUUCGCUUAUAAUAUCGCUAAAAGUAAAAGCCCAAGUAAUAGGAGAAAUAAUGAUAAAUCCUUUCAAAAAGAUCAACUUUGAAGCCCUCAAACUCCAACCAACUCUAAUCAGGCAUCUAAUUUAAGCAAUCUACAACCUUCAAAAGAUGAUAAAAAUAAAGGGAUUCAGAAAAAGCCAAGCGGAUAUAAAUUUGUAGAAAAGAAAUAUAACUAUUUCAAUAAAUAUCAUGGAAAAAUUGGAUAUCAACCUCAAGAGCAGAAUUUUGAAGCUAAAAAUUUUCAAAGUAGCCCGGCUUUGCCAGUAAACGAAGAUAAUAUAAAAAUCCCUCCACCUCAGGUAAACAAUUUAAGUUCCAAUGAUAGCUCUAUUAGCAAACAGAUAAAACGAAGUGCUUCAUUAGGCCUCAAUAAGCAAGAAAAGGUCUCCGAUAAUUAUAGAGCAAUGGAUAAAGCUAUAAAUAGCACAAAUCCUGGCGGCAACCAAAUCGAAUUAAAAAAUGAUAUGUCCCAAAUCUUUAGUUUUGAAUUGGGAAAAAUUAGCAGUCAAAUAGUUCAAGCUUAUCAUACAGCUGAAAACUUCCAAAACAUAGAUAAUCCUAAUUCUGACAUUAUCUUGCCCAUCCCAAAAUCUAGCCCUAAAGUUAAUUGCAACAUUGGCUUACCUUGCAUUGGUAAUAGUUGCUAUAUGAAUUCUGUGCUGCAAAUACUUGCAAGCACAGAAGGCUUUGAUGGAAUCAUUUCUACAAUUAAGAUUCCUUUGUUCUCUAGUCUUGCUAAUGUUUUGCAGAUUAUAAAAAGCAAAUCAGAGCAUAAUUUAUCUUUACAUUUAUCCCAAUUCAAAAAUGCAUUAGGCUCAGAAUUUUCAAUGGUAACUUUUAUUUAGCUUCAAGGAUGAAGACAAAAUGACCCUAAAAAUCUAUUUCAAAUUAUUGUUUCAAAAUUAACUGGCUCCCCCUUGAACUAAAAAAUUUUGUUCGCUCACGGAGGGGGUUAAUUUUUUAUUUAAAAACUUUAUGUAUAAAUUCUAUAGUAAAUUUUUGUUUUCAUAAUUUAAAAAAUCCUAAUUCGCAAAAUUGGAAAGCAAAUAUUUAUUUAAUUUGUAAAAUUUAUAUUUUAGAAUUAAAUUUGCUCAGAAUUUAAAAAGUAUUAACUAGAGAUUUCAUUAUAUUAAUUUAAUUAUCACUUAUAUAUCAAUGGGUUUUUGCUCAAAAAAUAGGAAUUUUUCCAAUGGUUUUGUUCAUUCACGGAGGGGGGAGUGAGCAAAAGCCUGCAUUUAACUUAUUUUUAAUACAACUAGAAAAAAUUCUGAUAUGCAGAAGCCAUGAGGCAGUUAUAAAGAAUGAAAAUAUGUCGAUUUUUAUGGUGGAUACAAGUAAGAAAAGAAAUAUGCAGAGUUAUGUAGACGAAUUAAAGAAUCCUGAGAGCUUUAAAGGGGCAAAUGCACUUUACUGUGACAGAUGUGGAUGCUUGAGGGAUAUGGUAAUUGAAACAAAACAUAUUGAGACCUCUGCUAAUUUAGUUUUUUAUUUAUUUCCAUCUGCGUAUUUUAUUCCAGACAGUCACAUAUACAUUGAAAAUAACGACUAUACGCUUUAUGGAGUCAUCUGUUAUAAAGCUUCUGGGUGUUAUUCUGCUUUUACUUAUUGUGAAGCUGGAAGUACCUGAAUUGAAUAUAGUUGCUCAAAGAUAGCACCUGUUGAUCUGCCUGAUUUUAGAUAUGUUUGCAUGCUUUUCUAUAAAAAUAAAAUUUAA